AUGUUUAUUCUAACAAAGAUCAGUGACCUGGUGCGGAUUCCACCAGACCAGUUUCACAGGGAUACUGCGUCCGCGAUUAAUCACCAGCUCAAUAACAAGUACGCAAACAAAAUUAUUCCUCAUGUCGGGCUAUGCAUUACGAUCUACGAUCUGCUUACAGUAGAUGAGGGCCAACUAAAACCUGGCGACGGCGCAUCGUUCAUCAACGUGACAUUUCGUGCGCUAGUAUUCAAGCCAUUUGUCGGAGAGAUUAUCACUGGCUGGAUUACUCAAUGUACAAACGAAGGAAUAAAGGUCUCGCUGCUAGGAAUGUUUGACGAUAUAUUCAUCCCUGCGAAGAUGCUUUUUGAAGGCAGCUACUACUCUGUGGAUGAUAGUGCAUGGGUAUGGCAAAUGGACGAGGAGACCAAACUGUAUUUCGAUGUGAACGAGAAGAUCAGGUUUAGGGUAGAGCAGGAGGUGUUUGUGGACGUGAAGCCCAAAUCACCACGAGAGCAAGAACUAGAAGAGCAGUUGAAAGAAAAAGACACACUGACAGAGGAAGAAAAGAGGCUAGUAGAGAAGCCCCCUGCAUAUGCAUUAUUAGGCAGUUGCCAAACGGAUGGCAUGGGUCUCGUCAGCUGGUGGGAAUAA